UUUCCAUCUGUGAUAUCAGUAUUUUUGACAGCCAGGUGUGGCCAUAAAAUGGAUGUAAGGAAUAGAUUUUUGCUAUCGCUUUGUUUUUUAUGCAUCAUGUUUUCGCUCUUUACAAUAUUUAUUGUUGUCAACACAGAUACAUGGCAAACUAUGUUUUUUAUUAUAACGAUGACCCUAUUUGGCAUUUCAUCAUGUUUUCAUCCCUUCUAUGGCAUGACGAACGUUGCGUAUUUGUCGAAAUUCCCAACAUUUUAUAUGGAAUUAAAUAUAUUGGGAACGGCCAUUAGUGGCUUAUUUAGCACAAUUUUGCAAAUUGUGUCAUUAACUGUAGGGCAUACGUCAACCCAAAUAGCUAUGAUCUACUUCUGUAGUGGCUUGGUAAUUGUAAUCUUCACAUUGUUUUUAAUAUACAUUAUGAAAUACUCUGCAACUAUUCAGUACUAUCUGGAAAAUGGCAAGGAAGAAGGUAGUAAUCAAAUUUAUACGUUAAAAGAGUAUUGGGAGGUAGCAAAGAAGAUUUGGUUCAUUUUGUUAAUAAUAUUUAUCAACAGUGGCACAAUGAAUAGUGGGCAUCCUAAUAUUACCAAUUUGGUGGUUUCUGAAGGAUAUACAGGAACUGGGCAAAGCCUUUGGAAUGAUAAAUAUUUUGUCGUCGUAGCAACUUAUUUGUUAUUUGACAUUUUCCAAAUAAUUGGAAGAUUAUGUGGGCGUACAGUAUUAAAGAAAAAGACUGCAAUAUAUUUUAUCCUGUUUGCGCUCUUCAGAAGUUUCGUAUUGACACCAUUGUUAUGGUUCUGCAAUGCCCAACCAAGGAGUCAUUUGCCUGUACUGUUUCCUCAUGACUAUCAGUACAUGAUAAUCCUAGCUAUUCAUAGUUUUACAGGAUCAGCGUUUUUGGCCAUAUGCUUCUUAAGUAUACCAUUUAUCGCUGAAGAGAAAACAGAACAGGCUCUUAUAUUGGGAAUGGGUGUAUCAACAAUAUCAUUAACCAUAACUAGUCCUCUAAGUCCAGUAUAUGUUAAUUUAUUAUGACAAA